AUGAGGCCAGGGUGCGUGGCUUAUCUCUGCCUUGGAUCAACGGUCGGUCUCGUGCAGGGGAUCAGCAAUGGCAAUGUUUCCGAGCCGGUGACCCUCACUGUUGGGAGGGAAGGAGGGAACAAAUCUAGCCCAUUACUGUAUGGAGUAAUGUUCGAGGUAUUUCAUUCAUGGGUACUCAUUGUUCACAAGCGAAUCAUUAACGGAACAAAUCUUUCAGGAAAUGGAUCAUUCUGGUAUGCUGGGCCCCAUGAAGCUAGCGAACGAGCACUAACCACUUGCUGUCAAGGCGACGGCGGAAUUCACGGUCAGCUGCUACAAAAUAACGGCUUCCAAGGCACGAGCCUGGGAAUGACUUCAUACGCGCCAGUCGGAGAUGUCGAGAUCUCUCAGGACAUGUCAAACCCCGUGAGCGACGCGAUCACCUCUUCACUCAAGGUCUCUGUGCCUGACGGUGCUACCGAAUACGCUGGCUUCGCAAACACCGGAUACAUCGGUGUUCCAGUCAUGAACCAUACGUAUAAAAGCUCGUUUUGGAUGAAGGGAGACUAUUCUGGAACUGUCAACCUGCAACUCGUCGGAUCCGUCAGUGGUAUUGUGUAUGCCGAUCACAACCUUACUGUCAAGAGCACCAGCUCAAAGUUCAGGGAAUUUGAAACGUCGUUCAACUCCACCGAAUCCCCAGAUGGGGACAAUGAGUGGCAUUUGACCAUCGAUGGAUCGAAAGUCGCUGGCAGUUCAUUGAACUUCGGCUUGAUCCAGCUGUUCCCACCGACUUAUAAUGACAGAGAUAACGGAUUGCGACACGAUUUAGCUACGGCCCUUGAUCACGUCAACUCAGCAUUUCUUCGAUUUCCAGGCGGCAACAACAUCGAGGGCUUGGAGAUCGACAGUAGAUGGAAGUGGAACACGACCAUCGGCCCUCUUGUUGACCGACCCGGACGCGAAAGCGAUUGGUUUUAUCCAAACACGGACGCGCUUGGUUUGGAUGAGUACCUAUGGUGGUGCGAAGAUAUGAACAUGGCUCCUCUCCUGGCUAUCUGGUCUGGAAAGUCCUACGGGGGUAUUGUUUCUGGGUCCGAUCUUAAACCCUUCGUUGAUGACAUCAUGAAUGAGAUGGAAUACCUUUUCGGAAGUGAACACACUCAUUACGGGAAGAUGCGCAUUGAUAACGGUCGGAAGGAGCCCUGGAAAGUCGACUUUGUGGAAAUUGGCAACGAAGAUGAUCUCACUGGUGGCUGUGAUACAUACCCGGAUCGUUUCAAUCAGAUCUACAAGGCGAUACACGACAAGUACCCAAAUAUCACACUCGUCGCGUCUAAUGGCAACUACUCGUGUCUGCCGUCGCCACUGCCACAGAAUGUCAUCAUCGAUCUACAUUUGUAUCGCCAGCCUGAUGACUUCGUUGCCCUGUUCAAUCAAUUUGACAACCAGCCCCGAAAUCAGUCUGUUAUGGUUGGUGAAUACGGGUGUCGGAAUACGUCCAGUGCCCUCGGAACUUACUGGUCAUUUAUGCAAGGUAGCUGCAGUGAGGCUAUAUACAUGAUGGGCAUGGAGCGAAACAGUGAUAUUGUGCAAAUGGCAGCAUAUGCACCGUUGCUGGAACAUUUUGGAUUCAUAUCGUGGUCGCCCACCAUGUAUGGCUUCAACUCGAGUCCAGAGACACUUACACUCUCAACAUCCUACUACGUGCAGCAAAUGUUUUCGUCAAACAAAGGAAACACUGUUCUUCCAGUCAACUCCACCGCGGACUUUGGCCCACUUUACUGGGUGGCCACAAAGACCGAUUCCAAAUACUAUAUGAAGCUAGCAAAUUACGGACCAGAUGAACAGAAUGUCACUGUCAGUAUUCCGAAGACUGAGUCGGGAAGAUUGGAAAUGCUGGGUGGUUCUCAGAAUGAGGGUAAUCAACCUUAUGAUGUAACGGUCAUGCCGGUUACUACUAACUUGACGGGCGAUCAUGGGAAUUAUUCGGUUACUAUGGCGCCAUGGGCUGUCGCUGUUUUGAUCGCGACAUGA